AUGGCGAGAGAGGGCAAGAACGUUGACCGUUCUGCUCCCGACAGCGAGCAGCGGUUCAGUCUGGACCAAUUGCAGCAGUUAUUGGAGGCACUUCGCCUCGUGUCCGAGCAAGAAGCGGAACGCCAGAUGUGGCGAGAUGUGGACGAUCCCAGCCACCCGAUGACAUCAGACCUCCCGGCAUCAGGAAGUGGAGGUAAUCCUCCGGGAGCGGGCACCGUCACGCAAGGCGGGCCCAGCAGCCAUGCGCCGGGAGCGGGCGCUCUUGCACCAGGCGGGCCCAGCGGCCACACGCCGGGAGCGGGAACGGUUGCGCAAGGCGGGCACAGCGGCCGCGCGCCAGGAACUGUCGCGCAAGGUGGGCACAGUGGCUGCGCAGGCCCGGCCGACUUCGCACCUCCUGUACGUCCCCCUUCGCCUGCCCCGCGGGUGCCUAGUGGUCCUCAAGGCACGUCUCGUGUACCGGCGGCCCCCGUUAUCGGCAACGGCAGCGGCAACACCGGCGUUGGACUCUGCGGCGGUUGCUGUGGCAACUGCGGCGGUUAUGAUCGCUAUGCCGAGGACGUGGGUCCUGGGAGCAGUACUGGUAAAUUAAGGUGGUACUCCAUCACGAAAGGGAAAGCAAUCGGCGUCUUUUGUGACUGGGCGAUCGUCGGACCUUUGGUGCUCAACGUGCCGGAUUCAUCGCUGGACCUUCCAGAUCCGAGUCUAGGCCUCUAUACAUGGCCAUACAAGCUCGUCGUUCCUGCGUGUUACUCCACGCCCUUCUCGGAGUACGAUGAGCUAUUUUCAGACACAGACUACGUGCUGGACGAGCUCAAGCAGGCGUUGAACAUGCAACAGUUCUUGUUGCUGGAAGACAAAGGGCGUGAACACUAUGCGUUGUUCAACUCUAGUACCAAGUCAGAAGGCGAGGCACUGUUGCGAAGGUUGGACGAAGAGCUCGUGCAACGCUUGCAGAGCUGGGAGGACACAGAGUCGAGUGAUAUGUCAACACAGGCUGGUGUUGUACAAGACGUUGGUACUAAAUGGGCCGCGAGGAUCAUCUGUUGUCUAGCCUUAGAGUUACAGCUCGCGAAGUCGGGGCGAAAUUGGGGACAAUGGGAUUACUGCUUCAAAUCGGACGCCAGGGAAUAG